CGUCCACCCGUCCGCUGCUUCCAGACAUCGCCGCGAGCCCUAGCGAUCGCCGUACACCGCCGUCCACCCCGAUCCGCCCCCAUGGCGCUGCGAACCCUGGCGGCGAGGGCGGUCCGCCUCCAUACGCCGGCCCUCGGCCUCUCCCCUCCGCCCUCCGGCCGCCCCAACCUCCACUCCGCCGCCGCCACCCGCCGCCUCCCCCCUCCGGCCGGCGGCCGCCUCAUCUCGAGCAGCAAUCUGGGAGGUUCUCCACCUGAAGAUGCUGCUCGGAAGAUUGUGCUUGAGAACGCUGCCACGCUUGAGCGCCUGGAGAAGAGUUAUGAAAUGUUCAAGGCACGCGUUCGAUUACUAGAGAAGGGAAGCAAUAUUCUGAAGUGGUCGUUGGCUUGCAUUAUCCCUGUGCCUUUGGUUUACAACAUUGUGGAGUAUCAUUAGGAUAAGGAGGAACUGGCCAUUGUGAUUUGAACCUGGUUAUUUAAUUUCUAUGGUCUUUAUCAUCAGUUGUAUCACACUACUUAAAUGUGUCAUCGUUCUGCUAGGUGCAUCAUAGAAAAUGCCACUCUAAAUCGUUACUGUACCAUGUUGACAGAUUCGCCUGAUACGUAUGCCCUUGCACCUACCUGUUAUCAA